AUGAAGCCACUCCCAAAGGCUGCACUCUUCUGUGCAAACCUUCCUGAACAAUUCAGAGACGAUGAGUUGAAGUACAAACUCACUCAGCUCUUCUCUAAGUUUGGUAAAGUACAUCACGUAAAGUUGAACAGAGAUAAGCAGAAUAGACUCGGCGCUUUCAUUCAAUUUCAACAUUCUACUCAGGCCGACCUCGCAUUGAACAAGUCUAAUAAGCUAUACCUCAAAGACAGACUCUUACGCGUGGAAAGAGCACGUGUUAAUCGUAGUUUACGCAUUUCUUCACCCUCAAUCGAUAGUACAGCUAUUGAAGCAUUCUUCAGCAGACACGGCGAAAUAGAAUUCUUCCUUGCAGGUCCAUCUAAGGCUCUUGUCCCAGAAGAGUCCGCUAAUCAGGGUGAAUACGUCAUCAGAUUCAAGUACAGAGACGAUUGUAUGGCUGCCUGGUUCAACCACCGUCAGUCUUCUCUUUUUAAACUUAGUUGGGCACAUGAGGUUCAUCACGAUCGUCAUAAUACUCCUCCGUUACCACUCAACGACACUGCAAACUUUCCUUCUCUCACUUCAGAAUGCUCGAAGGAGAAUGAAGUCACGCUCGAUAAGAAUAUGGGCGCACUAGAUCUUGCAGCUGAUUUAUCAGAGGAUGUUGCAAAAUCUCUCACGCUCAAUACGCGCUCUGAAUCAUUUCCUGAAAUGCGCGAUCAUCAACAGCCCCAAGAAUCGCCAAAUACGCCAACUAACAUGAUACCAUCGACACCUCAACUCAGUCUUGAUGUGAAUAACAAUGCUAAUCAGUCCAUGGAGACCAGUUAUCCACUCACGCCGCCUACUCAGCCACUAAACUACGAUCCUCGUCCACCUAGGAAGCUGUUUAGAGGUGGUCACCAACAGUCUUUCGAUGAUAGAAGAGGUGGUUAUAGACGCCACAGCAAUCGUCCACCGAAGAGUAACAGUGGUAGGAAUCCUCGCCAUUAUUUGAAUAUGAAUUAUAUGGAAACUGGUCCACCUCAAACUGGUACUUACUACCAUGGUUUCACACACGCCGGUCAACAAUUUAAUCAAGCGUAUUACCCAGCUGCAACAACUCCAGCUUUUAUUCCAUACCCGACUGCUAUUAAUUUUGGACAGCCGGUUUAUGCAUACCCCUACCCAAUGGCACAAACGAAGACAAAUGAUGGUUUAAUUGCGUCGAAUGACAAUGAAGUUAACGUGGGAGUUGGGGUGGCUGCUCCAGCUGUACGUGCUGGUUACAUGACAGUACCUCCAGAUACACACCCAAUGGCACCUUUGCGUGCAACUGGUUUUAUGACCACAAAUGCAGGAUUAGUUCCUCUCUACAGCCCUCAAGAUCUCGAGAGAUGGAAUGAAAAUUUGGCGACGACCAAUGCCCAGCAAUCAUCUAAAGACAGUCCAAGCAAGGAUGAAGCUCCGGGUUUUCCUUCAGCAGGGUCAAUCCCAAUACAGCAAUAUCCAAUGAUUCAACAACCGCAACCACAACACCUAAUGAAUGUCGGCAGUGUGGCAUUAGGAUUAGACUGUGUUAACAACAACACGCAGAGAAACCUUAGUAAUAUGCCUCCACCUCGCUUUUUUGGUAUUUCUCCACCGGGUCAUCUUCAAGCAUAUGAAAAUUGGGAAUGUGGAGCUACACAGAAUCAACCAAACCAGGGAAAGGUACAUUAUCACGAUCAUCCGCAAUCAACACAGCAGCAAAAUCCUCUGGUAGCUCCAAAUUCUGGCUUUACUACCGGUCCACCAGGCCAUACGCCAGCCAUGCGUGGAUAUUAGCUAGCUAGUUUGUUUUGCAAACAUUUUCAUUUCUUUACUUCUUUAUAUCAAUAAGAUCGCAUCAAGUAUACCAUUUGCAGUAUUAAGCAAC